AUGCAGUUCCUCUUUGACACAAUGAACAUGUCUGAUGAUUGGUCAAUCUUGGUAUUCAAUAAUGUAUUGACGAUGAUGCAACCAUUCGACUUGAGGAAACUGAAGAAUGUUAAUGCAUCAAUUGAGAAGUUACCAAGUACAAAGUUAUUCAUGAUGGUGAAGACCUUGUCACCAAGUACAUUCUUGCCAGACUUUAAUGACAUGUCACCAAUCAGACAAGCCAUCGAGAUCAAGACAACCAUCGAUCCAAUAUAUUAUAUCAAUCAUUCCAUCUUAAUCAACAUACCAAGUCUGAUACCAAAGAUAUGCAAGAUGUUGAAACUGUCGAUCAAGCCAACGUUUGUACCUCCAUCGUUGAGACUGAACUCGGAUGAUGAUGAUGAUGAGGGCAUGUCUGGUGAAGCCCAGCAGAUCCAGUUCAAUGAUGAACAUAUUCGCCAGGUAUUCCAACAGAUUGAUAUUAGAGUAGAGGCCACACAGAUGACUAUGACUUAUUUGAACGACUUCUCCAAGGCGUCCUACCAGACUGAGUUGUUGGUGUUCCUCUUCACACUGGCCAGCGGGCCACGCAAGCUAGACGUUCUCUCUCAAAUGCAAAGAUAUGACAUGGUCGACAUACUCUUUGAUCUCUUCAAAUCGAUAGACUGGCAGAAGAAGGACUAUGACGAGACACAUGAUCAUGCCAAUCCAUUCUACAUGCGAAAGAUACAAGCAUUCCGCAUGAUAUUCCUAUUUGUCGACUUGGAGCUCAUUACCGCCACCAAGACAUGUUACCUAAUCUCAAAGUCAGAGUUGGAGUUUAUCAACUCAUAUGUACCAGGAAAGAUCCCACCACCUCAAUCAAGAUAUUGGAUUCCAUCAAUCUAUGAGAUAUACACCAAGACCUUGCCAAUGAAGGAGAGGAACUUCUUGACUUAUUGUAUUCAAUCAACACUGCGAAUUCCAAAUUGCAAGAUAAGCGACUAUUACGCCAGCUGUGGACUGAUACAUUCAUUGUUCAAAGAGGUCACAACAGGUCCUGCCGAGGGCUAUCAAAUGCACUUUGAUCUAAUGGGCGAGUUGGUCAAGAACAAGGCACCGUAUCGCGUACUCAAUCAACUGUGUCGAGAGAAUGAGGCAGCCUUCAAGCGGCUCUACACCAUCAUGUUUGACAACAUCAUCGAAGCCAAUGUAUUCAUUCGAUCAAUCAUGCUUGCCAACGAACAAGUUGUCAAGACUGAUGAAACACUCGAUUCUUUCAACAAUGUGCUCGCACAGAUAUGUACAAUCAACAACAAGCUACUAGUUAUCGAGAAGGUCAUCCUAUCAGUGUCACCUACUACUCUAUGUGUCGAGAAUCUAUGUUGUGUCAACUCAGUAAUCAUUACAUUGAUGCUGGCAAAGAAGGAUGGCCAAUUGGAUGUAUGCUUCGAGUCAAUCAAGAGGAUGAACAGUACGAACAAUUCGAUCAUUGGCGAGCUGUUGGAGUUGUUUACAAUGUGGAAGGAGUUCUAUAUGUGCAACACAAAGGAUGUGUUCAGUCUGCAGUCCUCAUCCAAGUUAUGCUUCCACGACAUUCGAGCGAUGGUCAAUGAAACGCAGGAACACCUGCAAGCUCUAUGCGAUCAGCAGUAG